CUCAUAGUGCAACCGGGAAUUACUGAAAUACCCUUUUCAACCAAAUUAGGUCAACAAGCCUCCAGCCCUAAUUUUGGUCUAUAAAUAUUCACCCAACACACUCGCCCACCUCACUCAACGCAACAGAGAUCCGACUGUAUACACAUUUCUUCACCCAAUUCUUUACGGAAUUUCUUCACCCACUGUUUCCCGGCAGAAAGGGAAGCUCGAAAUCAAUGGCGGUUCCGUAUAGCAACUGCUUUCAAAUUCCAAAAAUUAAUUCAAAAUCUCUUCUUUUUAGCUCUUCGAAUGGGAUCUGCACCCGGGCUUCUUCUGUAAAAGCACUGCAUUUAGAUGCCAAGGUCGAUCCCUUGUUGGAUAGUGUGAAGUGGGAUGACAAAGGCUUGGCAGUUGCAAUAGCUCAAAACGUCAAUACGGGCGCUAUUUUAAUGCAAGGUUUUGUCAACAGGGAAGCCCUUUCAAAGACAAUUUCGUCAAGAAAGGCGACCUUCUAUAGCAGGUCAAGGUCAACUUUGUGGACAAAGGGAGAAACCUCGAUGAAUUUUAUCAAUGUUUGCGAUGUCUUUAUAGACUGCGAUCGUGAUUCUAUAAUAUAUCUGGGGAAGCCCGAUGGACCGACUUGUCACACCGGAGCCGAGACUUGCUAUUUUACUUCCGUUACCGAAGACGUAAAUGAGUCUGAGGUUGAUGGAAAUAAAGUAGCGCUGACAACUUUAUACUCGUUAGAAUCAACUAUAACAAAACGAAAAGAAGAAUCGUCAGAAAGUUCAGGCAAACCGUCGUGGACCAAGCGAUUGUUGCUCGAUGAAAAGCUGCUGUGCUCGAAAAUCAGGGAAGAAGCCGAUGAAUUGUGCAGAACAUUGGAGGAAAAUGAGGAUACGUCUAGAACUGCAUCGGAAAUGGCGGAUGUGCUUUAUCAUUCGAUGGUUUUGUUAUCUCGUAAAGGAGUGAAAAUUGAAGAUGUUCUUGAAGUUUUGAGACUUAGGUUUUCGCAAUCGGGUCUUGAAGAAAAGAAAGCUCGACGACAAUCAUAAUGAAUUGACAGACUGUACAUUUUGCAAAUUCGGCUUAUAGUGUAUUGUUCAUGUUGAUGCAAUUUCGAGUUAUUGUACUGCACGAAGUGUGUAUGCGUUGGCUCGGAUUUUUUUGUCUGUUUAGAUGAGAAAUUGGUUGUAAAAUAAAAUAAAGUUUUGUUGUUUGUAUUGCAAAUUCGAAUUUUGAUUCUUCAAAGAUUAAUUCAAGAUUAAUUUUCUGUGUUGGUGA